UUUGUACACCGUGGGUCACUAGUAAGACACGCUACGGCCUGCACGCUCGUUCCGAGUCAACCGCAUCAGCUCUCAGUAAUUCAUCCUCGUGCCUCCGUAAGCCCUUUUUCAUAUCACUGACCUGCUCCUUAUCCCCAUCAUAUUUUGCGCAGCAUCUGAAUCUAGGCCCAUCAAUCGUCUUUACUGAUUUGAGAUUCAGUCAUGCCUCACCUGGGCGGCGGUUCUCUGUUGCUAGCCUGGCAACUGAAAGGAAAGCACGUGCUCAUCGUUGGCGGUGGUGAUGUCGCUUCUGGUCGUAUCGAAUCUGUGCUUGCUGCCGACGCUCGCGUGACGCUUAUUAGUCCAAGCAACGGACUGCACACUCUUACCAAAUCUUUCCUCGAUGGACCUUACAAUAUUACGUACCACGACCGCCUUUUCGGAGGCGUAGAAGACUUGGCCGACGUUGAUCUUGUCUUAACGGCGAUUGAUGAUGUGGCGCAGUCUCGUGUCAUUUGUUGCCUAUGCAGGGAGCUCAAGAUUCCCGUUAAUGUGGCUGAUAUCCCGGAGUCAUGCGACUUUUAUUUUGGCUCCCAAAUCCGUGACGGCCCUCUGCAAAUUAUGAUCUCAACAAACGGGAAUAGCCCUAAACUGGCUAAUAUCAUACGGAAGAAGGUCGAGCAAAGCCUUCCAGAGCACGCCGGAGAUGCAAUCACUAGGGUGGGUGAACUGAGAGUGAAGUUGAAGGAGAGAGCCCCCGGGGUGGGCGGUGAAAUUGGGAAGAGACGGAUGCGGUGGAUGAUUGAUGUCUGCACUUCUUGGGAAAUGGAGGAACUUGCUCUAUUGGACGAUCAGAUGAUAAGGAGGCUUCUCGACGACGGUUGGGAGAAAAACGCAGUUCCAUCUCCUGGCGAGCUGGGAGCCAGGUCAUCCCGUCAGGUGGAUGAAGCCAAACUGAACUUCACAGCCCCUGGCGUUUUUAUUACGACGUUGAGCUUUGUCGCGGGUGCUGCUUGCGCAGGUCUUUUCUUGCUCGUCCCACGACGGUGAUCCUCGUGUAUGCCGCCCUGCCCAGCUUCAAAUACAUGCGCUGAUAUAUUUAACUCUUGUCGCAAGUUGCUUGGUUUAUUCCUGUUGGUGUACGACAACAAGUUGACUAUUCAGAUGAAGCCCGCCAUUUCUGGGCCAGCUCUAUUUACGAUUGCCUGCCAAGUGUCCUUACCGUUAGAAGACAACAAUAAAUAUUAGCCUCGUACGUUGCUGAUCGUUCCGCGGACCGUUGGUAUCCUAGUGUCACCGAUGUGCCAACCUGAUGUUUCACGAUACGGAUUUCCUGGCUCUAAACUUGUCAUUUCUCUUCCAGUUAUGGGAACCAAUUGUUCCUUCUACUCGGGACUUUCACUUCACCGGCUGCUGUGUAAUCCUAUCACGCAUGUUUCGUGGUUCAGGUCGUCGACCUGACAUGUAAUGUAACGGUGACCACGCGUA